UAAACAAAGGUGGUGCAGAAAUUCUUUCGCUCCAGCCACUGCGGCAUAAACCAAAUCACCCCCCAAGAAAAUUUCCUGGAAUGAUCAGUAAUGGACAGGCGCAGGCGGAAGCGAGCCAAGAAGACCAGCUGUUGCAGCCAUGAAGCAGAGGUGAGCAGCGUUGAGUGGAAGUUCAUAAACAUGUCGGAGCAGGAAGAAGAUCUCAUUUACAGAAUGUACAACCUCGUUGGAGACAGGUGGGGGUUGAUAGCCGGCCGGCUUCCAGGCAGGAAGGCAGAGGAGAUCGAGAGGUUUUGGAUGAUGAGACACCAUGAAUUCUUCGCCAACACCCGGAAAGAGAUGGAGAAGCCGAACACCGUCUUUGCAUCUCUCCGAAACCACGUUACUGCUCCUGAAAAUUAGCUGCUCUCUCUCUUGUUCAUUAGACUUCGUUUGGAACUUUUAUGGAUUUCGAUUGAGUUGCAAUCUUCAUCUGAUGAACGUGACGACGUACGUUGUGUGUGAGGAACUUGGCUUAUUAUGUGCAACUCUUUCUUUUUUGGGUAAGUGAGGGUCAAAGUCCAAACAAGGACAACAAUGGAGGCCAGAGGGAGUUGAUUGAAGGAGCUUUAGGAAGGACGAUCUCGAAUGUCGCUCUGGUCAUCAUUUGUGGUUGGACGGAUCAUUCCUCUCCGUCCAUCUUUACAUUGAUGUCAAGUCGAACAUCAUUGAUGUUUCGAAUUUUUGUA